GAAACAAACCACAGCACUCCAUCGGGAUGGAAGAAUCUCUCUACAAAAACCAGUAACAGUAACCUCCAUUUCUUCUUCCCUUUGAAAUGAAAACCAUCGUCUCCGUCUCCAUCUUUCUCUUUUUGUCUAUCUCCUUCAUCUUUUCUUAAUCGAGACCCUUGGUUUUUCAGAAGCAACAGAAUUUCUUUUUCUUUUUCUCGUGAAAGACAACCCUAAAAUGAGUAGCUUUGAGGAGUCCUUAAGAUCUCUCUCCCUGGACUACCUCAAUCUCCUCAUCAAUGGCCAAGCUUUCUCCGAUGUAACUUUCAGUGUAGAGGGUCGGUUAGUUCAUGCCCACAGGUGUAUUUUAGCAGCAAGGAGCCUUUUCUUUAGGAAAUUCUUUUGCUCACCUGAUCCUCCGUCUGGGUUAGACCCGGUUGGUUCAAGGAUGAACCCAACAGCAGCAGCAGCAGGAUCAAGGCCCGGUGUUAUUCUAGUGAGCUCAGUGGGAUAUGAGGUGUUCUUGCUGCUGUUACAGUUCUUGUAUAGUGGCCAAGUCUCUAUUGUGCCUCAAAAGCACGAGCCGAGGCCUAAUUGUAGUGAAAGAGCGUGUUGGCAUACACAUUGCACCUCUGCCGUUGAUCUUGCUCUUGAUACUCUUUCUGCCGCUAGAUACUUUGGUGUUGAACAGCUUGCAUUGCUUACUCAGAAACAAUUAUCCAGCAUGGUCGAGAAGGCCUCAAUUGAAGAUGUUAUGAAAGUACUAAUAGCUUCAAGAAAGCAAGACAUGCACCAACUUUGGUCUACUUGUUCCCACCUAGUGGCCAAAUCAGGCCUACCACCAGAAGUUCUCGCCAAGCAUCUUCCCAUCGAUGUGGUGGCCAAAAUUGAGGAGAUGCGUCUCAAGUCAUCCCUUGCUCGACGCUCCCUCAUCCCUCAUCAUCAUCAGCAGCAUCACCAUGAUCUUGCUACGGCCGCUGAUCUUGAGGACCAAAAGAUUCGUAGGAUGAGAAGGGCAUUAGACUCAUCGGAUGUUGAACUUGUUAAGCUCAUGGUCAUGGGAGAGGGUCUUAAUCUUGAUGAAGCAUUGGCUUUACACUAUGCUGUCGAGAACUGCAGCCGGGAAGUGGUUAAGACGUUGUUAGAGCUUGGGGCAGCCGAUGUUAACUACCCGGCCGGCCCUGCAGGUAAAACCCCACUUCAUAUUGCGGCGGAAAUGGUAUCACCAGAUAUGGUUGCAGUGCUUCUAGAUCACCACGCGGACCCUAAUGUAAGAACCGUUGAUGGGGUGACUCCUUUGGACAUUCUUCGAACUCUAACCUCUGAUUUCUUGUUCAAAGGUGCGGUGCCGGGGCUUACUCACAUUGAACCGAAUAAGCUUAGGCUAUGUCUUGAGCUUGUUCAAUCCGCAGCUUUGGUUAUCUCGCGUGAAGAAGGAAACGCAAACCCACCAACUUCAACUGCGGUUUACCCACCAAUGAGUGAUGAACAUAACAGUAGUAGCAGUGGAAGCAAUCUUGCUAACCUUAAUCUGGAUUCAAGGUUGGUUUAUCUCAAUCUAGGUGCUACAGGUUCAACGCAAAUGGGUUCGAGAAUGGAGGGUGAUGAUGAUAGCAGCCACAACAGCCACAGAGAAGCCAUGAACCGACAUGACCCAACAAUGCUUUCAAUGACCUUGAUAUGAAGUGAAGAGUUUCAUUGGAGAUGGGAUAUUUCAUUAUUUUUUUCUCUCUCAUGGGAUGAGACAAGGAGAAUCUGAGAUUUGCCCUCGGGUGAGGGCGUGAUGGAGGAGAAAUGCAGGUCAAUAUAUCUUUUCAAACCCGGCCUGUCAACUCCUUUGUAUUUAUUGACCGUCUCCAAGUAUGAUGGCCUAUUUAUUGUGAUCUUUUAUUUCUCUUGUCCCACAACACCCACUUUUCCAUUA